UACAAAUUUUCUUAUUGUUUUCUUUGAAUAGGAAGUACCCUUCGCCCCGUCCACGUUCGCUGUUCCCACGCACAUAAAAAAGAGGGGAGAAAUGGGGGAAAAGAAGUCGUGUAAGGCGCUGGAUGUUCCACGUUGCGGGAUCAGCGACCCUUCGAUCGAAGCGCCAGACGAGUCCUGGCCGACCGAUCGAUUGGAGUAUGAACAAUGAAACGAGGAUCCUCGGGGACCACAAACGUGCGAGAAAAAACCCACGACGCUUGCCACGCGUCCCGACAGCGGAGCGAGAGACACCAGACGGACAGCGAUGGACGGUAGCGAUACGUCUGUUCUGGUGGGAAAAGCGAAGCACGUGGAAGCCAGCCGUGACGCAUGCUUUAACUACACGUUUCUCGUUCGGCCUGCCGUUCGGUUCGCGAUGACGACGUGUUGCGUGUGGGACCCUUGGUGGAUCCAUCGCCCUCUCGAACUAGGUCUCGAGGUGUCGGGGUUACGAGUAUGACACGUAUGUUUCUGCCACCACGGCCGACCAUCGCCUCCCCCGUCCUCUCUUUUUAUCUUCCACCGAUUCGAAUUCGAAAGGAAUCGAAGCGACGAAGAAAAGAGAGAAAGGAAACGGGUCGAUACCUUGUUUUAAUUUCGUCGUGCGUACCUCGGUAAUGGUGGAUAUCUGUUGUGGCGUGGUGAACUGCGGCGCCGAGGCGGCGGCGAUGAGGUCCGCGGAGCCGGGAUCGGGAGGGGCCAGGCGGCGCCGGAUGGAGAUCCGGCGGCUCAGGUUCGACGCGGAGUCGGAGGCACCAGCGGUGGAGGACGAACCAAGUGGAAAGCGGCAGAGGAUGGACGGCGGCGCCGCUGCAGGGAGCGCGGAGAAAUCCGGGUCGACGUCGGGUGGGGGCUCCAGUCCCCAGCAUACUGUGGCCGCGCCGGAGGAAUUGGAUCUGUCCGAUCGUUUCCCGAGGUUCGGGAUGGCGGCGGUAUGCGGGCGGAGGAGGGACAUGGAGGACGCCGUUUCCAUUCGUCCCGAUUUCGUUGGGGGAGACCAUCGAGUACCAGCGAGGCACCAUUUCUUCGGCGUCUUUGAUGGCCAUGGCUGCUCCCACGUGGCCUCGGUCUGUAAGGAUCGGAUGCACGAGGUGGUGGCGGAGGAGGUGGAGACGCUGGCGCCGUGUGCCGGCACGCCGUCGCAGGCAUGGAGGGUGGCGAUGGAGAGGAGCUUCGCCCGGAUGGACUCGGAGGCUGUGGACGGUGGCGGCAGGCGACCGAGCCCGGACUGCCGGUGCGAGCUCCAGCCGCCGAGGUGCGAGCACGUGGGGUCCACAGCCGUAGUCGCCGUCAUCGGCCCUACCCGGAUCGUCGUCGCCAACUGCGGCGACUCCCGCGCCGUCCUCUGCCGCAACGGCGCGCCCAUCCCCAUCUCCUCCGAUCACAAGCCGGACCGGGAGGACGAGCUGCAGCGAAUCGAAGCCAUCGGGGGCCGGGUGAUCUAUUGGGACGGGGCGAGGGUUCUCGGAGUUCUCGCCAUGUCUCGAGCCAUAGGAGACAGCUAUUUGAAGCCGUACGUGGUGUCGGAGCCGGAGGUGACGGUGACGGAGAGGGAGGAAGGCGACGAGUGCCUGAUCCUGGCGAGCGACGGGCUGUGGGACGUGGUGAGCAAUGAGACGGCCUGUGGCAUCGCAAGGAUGUGCCUGCGGGGGGGCGGCGACGACGAAGAGGAGGAAGGAGGCGGCGGUGGUGAUUCGUUGUGCUCGGACGCCGCUAUACUGCUGACUAAGCUGGCCUUGGCGAGGCAGAGCGCGGAUAACAUCAGCGUGGUGGUCAUCGACCUGCGAAGCAAGCCAAAGCGGAGGAGGACGGCGACGGCGACGGCGACGGCGACGACGACUAGGUUGCCUUGCAACUUCAUGAUUGGUUGGUGGUGGAGAAAGACGAAAGAGUGAGGACGAGGCAUACUAGUGAGUUGGUCAGAAUGCACUUUUUUGUUGUUCUAUUUGUCGAUUAUAAUUGUCGAUAUAUUUUAUUUA